AUGCAACCACCACCUGACAUUAACGUCUCAAUUGACCGUGGAGGGACAUUCUGCGAUGUCCUAGUUCAAGUUCCAGGAAGGGAAGAACUUGUGUUCAAAUUACUCUCCGAGGACCCGCAGAACUACCGAGAUGCGCCGACAGAGGCCAUCCGCAGAGCCUUGGAAGUUAUUGAGGGUAAAGAGAUCCCUGUGGGAGAGAAGCUAGAUGGUUCAAGAAUUGUAUCCUGUCGCGUUGGUACGACAAUCGCCACGAACGCUCUGUUGGAAGGAAAGGGCAGGAAAUUCGCUUUCAUCACCACCAAGGGAUUCGGCGAUAUUUGCGUGAUAGGUGAUCAGUCACGCCCAAACCUGUUUGCUCUCAAGGUGCGGAAGGCCGAAGCAUUGCACUCUAAGGUUGUUGAGAUCGAUGAGCGAGUCACCGUUGAGGACUAUGACCUUAACCCCUUCCCGCUGGACAAGUCGAGGGAGAUCACAGACUCUAACCUUGUUCGUACGGCAAGCGGCGAGAUUGUACGUAUUUUGAAACCAAUAGACCUUCAAGAGGUUCAGCAAGCCCUCGAAAGGCUUAAAGCUGAAGGGUAUACAUCUGUGGCUGUCGCUUUUAUGCAUUCUUACAUCUAUCCAAAUCACGAAGACCAGGUAGCUGCACUGGCCAGAGAAAUGGGCUUUAACUAUGUCACCACAUCGCAUGAGACAAGUCCCGUCAUCAAAUUUGAGCAACGCAGUAGCUCGGUAUGCUCCGAAGCCUACCUGUUUCCAAUCGUCAAAGACUACGUCGCCGCAUUUGAAUCAGGGUUCAGCACACUGCCUAAAAAGGUUGAGUUCAUGAGCUCUGACGGCGGCUUGCGACAAGCAGUGAAGUUUCGAGGCAAUGAGGCGCUGUUAAGUGGACCUGCAGGAGGAGUGGUUGGUAUUGCCCGAACGUGCUUCGACUAUGACGAACAGACUCCUGUGCUUGGAUUCGACAUGGGCGGAACGAGUACUGAUGUUUGUCGCUACGACGGCAAAUUUGACUACCUUACCGAGACAGUGGUGGCAGGGAGAAAUAUCAUUAACCCUAUGCUCAAUAUAGCCACAGUGGCCGCGGGUGGUGGUUCAAUGCUCUUUGCUCGUCAUGGUCUCUUUGUAGUAGGCCCUGAAAGUGCAGGAGCACACCCAGGGCCAGCUUGUUAUCGCAAAGGCGGCCCAUUGACUGUGACUGAUGCCAAUCUAUUCCUGGGACGAUUGGUCCCGUCUUCGUUUCCAGCGAUAUUUGGCCCUGAAGCAAACAUGCCAUUGGACUAUGAUAUCACCAGGAAGAAAUUCGAAGUAAUUACCCGUGAAGUUAAUGAGCAGACUUCACAGAAUCUCACUCCAGAAGAAGUCGCUCUGGGAUUUCUUGAUGUGGCGAACGAGACCAUGAGCCGGCCUAUGCGCAAUGCCACUGAAGUUCGAGGAUUUGCUCCAAGCGCUCAUGCUCUUGCUAGCUUUGGCGGUGCCGGCGGACAACACGCGUGUGCAAUUGCGGACAAGCUGGGGAUCGAGAGGAUAAUAAUCCAUAAACACUCUUCUAUCCUAUCAGCAGUAGGCAUCUCACAAGCCGAGCUACAGUUUGAAACAUCAGCGCCAUUCACGGGUACUUUCUCGCUCGAAAUCCUUUCCCGUCUUGAAUCCCAGAUCCAGAUCCUGAAGGUUAAGGUACAAAAGGAGCUAAUAGUUCAGGGUGCUGAGGCAGGCAGUAUUGAAUAUGAAGAGUCCCUAAGCAUGAGAUACAUCGGCACAGAUACAAAUAUGACAAUACUGAAGCCAGACGAUAGUGACUACGGAAAGAGCUUUGUGCAGACACAUCUACGUGAAUUCGCUUUCGUCUUGAGUCGCGAUAUAGCAGUGGACUCCAUCAAGGUACGGGGAGUCGGCCGCAAUCACACCUCGGACAUGACAAUCUCGCCUUAUAUACAGCUGCAGCAACUCAAGGAGAGUGAUCAAUACAUACGCUCAUCUAUUAUACAGCGCGUCUACAUCGAUGACAGAUGGCAAAAUGUCCCAAUAUACCACCUCAAUACUCUUUCACGUCCCAGAAAAAUGCACGGCCCUGCGCUUAUCAUCGAUGCCACGCAGACUAUAUUUGUAGCACCACUCUUUGAUGCUCACAUCCUGGACACCCAUGUGAUCCUAGAAAGGUCGAGAAACCACAUAGCUGAUGUAUCUUUGGGAGGGGAUGAAAAUAUCAAUCCGAUCCAGCUUUCUAUUUUCUCCCACCGUUUCAUGUCUAUCGCGGAGCAAAUGGGCAACACUCUACAACGAACCUCCAUUUCAACCAGUAUCAAGGAGCGGCUCGACUUCUCCUGUGCCAUCUUUUCUCGAGAAGGAAGGCUAGUUGCUAACGCCCCACAUAUCCCAAUUCACCUAGGAAGCAUGCAGUACGCCAUACAAUACCAGCACCGCCUUUGGGAUGGGAAGUUGAAGCCCGGGGAUGUACUUUUGAGUAAUCAUCCUGAAGCGGGAGGAACGCAUCUCCCGGACCUUACUGUGAUUACUCCUGUUUUCAUAGGGGACGGUGACAGUCAAGCCCUAGCCUUCUACGUUGCGGCUCGCGGACAUCAUACUGAUAUCGGAGGCCGCGGGAUCACCUCAAUGAUGCCUGAGUCGAAGGAGCUAUGGGAAGAAGGCAUCAACGUCCGAUCCAUGAAGAUCGUCGACAGUGGAACCUUCUUAGAGGACGACGUGCGGCAAGCAUUCAUGGACGCAGGCAAUUUCCCCGGUUGCAGUCCAACGCGUCGUUUGCAAGACAACAUCUCUGACAUAAAAGCACAAAUCUCUUCUAACCAGCGGGGAAUAAUUCUGUUGCAGAAGCUUUGUCGGGAGUUCACGUUGCCCAUUGUCCACAGAUACAUGCACGCGAUUCAGGCCAAUGCAGAGGUGGCCGUGAGGGAGUAUUUGAAAGGGAUUGCACGAACACGAGAAAUGCCAUUGACGGCGACAGAUUAUUUCGACGACGGAACAAUGCUCAAAGUCUCGAUCACGAUCGACGACACCGGGGGCGCCACAUUCGAUUGGGAGGGAACUGGACCGCAGAUGUGGGGAAAUUACAACUGCCCUAUUUCCAUCACGCAUUCUGCAAUCAUCUACACGAUUCGGUGUUUGAUUGACGAAGACAUUCCUCUGAAUGACGGCUGUCUUGCCCCCAUCACCAUCAAAAUCCCAAAGGGCUCCAUCCUGCGGCCGAAUGCCAACGUGGCCAUCUGCGGUAGCACACUCGCCAGUCAAAGAGUGAUAGAUACAAUCUUGCGCGCAUUCAACUGUGUCGCAGCAUUCUCUGGCUGUGCUAACAGCUUUGGCUGGGGUAUGGGUGGGAAGAACCCCCAUACUGGUAGUAUCGAACCAGGGUGGAACUACGGCGAAACCGUUGGAGGUGGAUGUGGCGCCGGCCCCAGUUGGGAUGGCGAGCAUGCCAUUCAAGCACAUUCUACAAACACCAAGAUUACAGACCCGGAGGUCGUGGAGAGGAGGACGCCUGUUAUUAUUCGGAAACAUGCUAUUCGAUAUGAAUCCGGUGGCUCAGGAAAGUAUCGUGGUGGUAAUGGAGCAGUCCGCGAAAUUGAAGCUCGGGUACCCUUGAAAUUCAGCAUUUUAAGUGAUCGCCGAGUCUAUCAUCCCUACGGUAUGAACGGAGGACAACCCGGCGAUGUAGGCAGAAACUACGUGUUCAAAUGGAACGAAGACAAGACCAUCCUCGAAAAGCUCUCCAUAGGUGGCAAAGCUGCUCUGGCCUUGGAUGCUGGGGAAAUUAUGCAAAUAAAUAGUCCAGGGGGUGGAGGUUGGGGAAGAAUAAAUUCAUGAUUGCCAAU